CCCCCUCGGCCCGGAGCUCAGGUAGCUGUGGGGCCCGCGCCCACAGCACCCGGCGUCGCGCCGACGCCUCGCUCCCCACCCCCACCAGUGACGGGAGAGCACCAGAUUAAGGCUGCCAGGGGCUCAGCUGUACUCAGAUGGACGGGAUGGAGACCCGACAGCGGAGGCCAGAGGAGCUGGGCCUGCUGCACGGCCUCAGCACAGGAAGACUCCUUGAAGCCUCGGAAGAUGGACUGCUGAGUGUCCCUGAGAGCCAAAGGGUGGCCCCUAAACCCCUGGGGCCUGAGCUCAGCAGGGAGACCACCUUGUCCAUUGGCCUCCAGGUGACAGUGCCCUUCCUGUUUGCAGGCCUGGGACUGUCUGGGGCAGGCAUCCUUUUGAACUAUUUCCAGCACUGGCCCGUGUUCACGGAGGUGAAGGACCUGCUGACCUUGGUGCCGCCCCUGGUGGGCCUGAAGGGCAACCUGGAGAUGACACUGGCCUCACGCCUCUCCACCGCGGCCAACACUGGACAGAUCGAUGGCCCCCGGGAGCAGCACCGAGUCAUCAGCAGUAACCUCGCCCUCAUCCAGGUGCAGGCCGCCGUCAUGGGGCUCCUGGCCGCCGUGGCGGCCCUGCUCCUGGGCGCGGCGUCAGGGCAGGAGCUGGACGCGGCGGAGGCGGAGGUGCUGUGCGCCAGCAGCGUCAUCACUGCCUUCCUGGCGGCCUGCGCCCUGGGGACAUUGAUGGUCUGCAUAGUGAUCGGCGCUCGGAAGCUCGGGGUCAACCCGGACAACAUUGCGACGCCCAUCGCGGCCAGCCUGGGAGACCUCAUCACCUUGUCCAUCCUGGCUUUCGUCAGCAGCUUCUUCCACAAACACAGAGACAGUCGCUAUCUGACGCCGCUGGUCUGCAUCGGCUUCACAGCCCUGACCCCCCUGUGCAUCCUCAUCGCCAAGCAGAACCCGCCCGUCGUGAAGAUCUUGAAGUUCGGGUGGUUCCCCAUCGUCCUGGCGAUGCUCAUCAGCAGUUUCGGGGGGCUCAUCUUGAACAAGACCAUCUCCAAGCAGCAGUUCCGAGGCAUGGCCGUAUUUGCCCCCAUCAUUUGUGGUGUUGGUGGCAACCUGGUGGCCAUUCAGACCAGCCGGAUCUCCACGUACCUGCACCUGUGGAGCACACCUGGGGUCCUGCCCCUCUGGAUGAAAAAACGCUGGCCUAACCCCCACUCCACGUUCUGCAGCUCAGAAAUCAACUCCACGUCGGCCCGCGUCCUGCUCUUCCUGGUGGUUCCAGGCCACCUGAUCUUCUUCUCCAUCAUCUACCUGGUGGAAGGCCAGUCAGUCCCAAACGACAAAACCUUCGUGGGGCUCUACCUGCUGGCGGGCCUGGUCCAGGUGACGAUCCUGCUGUACUUGGCGGAAGCGACGGUUCGGCUGACGUGGAACCGGGCCCUGGACCCGGAUGACCACUGCAUCCCCUACCUCACGGGGCUGGGGGACCUCCUCGGGACCGGCCUCCUGGCACUCUGCUUCCUCGCCCACUGGCUACUGAGGAGCGAAACGGCGCUGGAUGGCACCCCAGAACCAGCAUCUGGACCUUCCUAAGGAGCCCAGGAGAACCUUCCCUCGUGCCCAUGGAAACAGGGUGUGGUUUCUUCCCAGCCGGACCCCCAGAGAGGCUGACCCUGGCCUCUGCCAGUCAGCCGAGGACGCGCACACACUCUGGAGCUGCUGCUGCCUGAGGUCAGGAGCGCUUGCCGGCGAGGGUGCGUGCCCGUGUGGAGGGGAGGGCAGGGCGCUACGGCCUGAAGAUGCUGAACCAAGAGGCUACCUGUGCACUUUGCGGGGGCGGGGGGGCACUGUCUGGAGCCCACGCAGCCCGGCUGUAGUGCAGCAGGAAGGACACCCUCUGUCCCCGAGCUCGGGACGCUGAGCCUGGCUUCAGGGCUGUCGUCGCUCAGCCCUUCCCAGGACAGGGCUGGGCCGUGCCCACCCCCUCUUCUGCUCCCAGCAUUCCUGUCAGUGCUUGCUCUUUCAUUAGAACAAAUCUCUGCUUAUUUUAACGAUCAGAGGAGUGUAAAAAUAAAACUGGAACCCCAGUUGCACCCCGAGGUGAGUGUGGGGUCAGUCCCAAUACAAAGAAAGACAGGACGGGGAAUCAGCAAGCUGGACAGUGGGUUAUUACUACGGAUCAAAGGAAAAAUGUCAACUUUCCACGUGCAGCUGUACAAAAACUUUUAAUUCAUUCACUCACAUGAGGAGUUGGGCCCAAUGCCAGCAGGGACCUCAGUGCCCAGGAAACGGAAGUCCUGAGCACCUCAGGGGGACACCCACUGGGGGUGUGCGGGACAGAGGUCCAGCCGCACGGCCCAGACUCCCCUCCUGCAGGACAGGAGGCCGCCGGGCCUGGCUCCUCGUGGAGGGGCCACUGGACAACCCGGGGCUUCGGGGAGCACCAUCUAGAGAUGGAAACACCCCCUCCCCCAUGCAAGACACAGCGGAGUCACGGUAGAAAUCAGAACCAGAAGCCCAAAAACUUAAGAGAGACAAACAAACAAACAGAAUGGGCAGAGUUGGGAUGAUUCCCAAGCCUGAGAAUCAAAACAGCAUCUGAACAAAAACACUUCGAAAGGCACAAGGCAAAACACCGUUUCUGAGAGCCCGUGUCCGGCCCACUGACUUGUCUCCUUCUGCAGGACAGACCUCGCUCCGUGAAAACACACAGUCACCCUCAACAAUGCACACACCUCCGUGCUUAAAACGUGGCUGUACAAACCGCUGUCCAAUUGCCAUUAGAUGUUACUACCCAAAUACAGAACUCAAAUUCAUCACUUUAAAGGUUUAACUCCAUAUUUGGUCUGUGCAGGGGCUGCGACAGGGCCCGGGGGCCUCGUCACCCGUCACGUUCCCCUGACACCAGGCCACCUGGGCCACUAGACCCGGUGCCACCCCAGCUCAACCGCGACCCCCACCGAGGGCGGGGACAGCCUGUUCGCUCUCAGCCAGACGCUGCGCCCAGUGCUGAAGCCCGUCAGAGGCCACCGCGGAGGCUCCGUCCUCUUCCCUAGGCACGCAGCAAGCCCAGGCAGAUGCAGGCUGCGUGCACAGCCGAGCGGGGAAAAGGCACGCUCUGCCCUGAGAGGAUGGUACGGCCCCAAACAGCUCCCUGAUAAACGUAAGAAAAACACUUGCGAAAAUGUACCCAAAGUCUCUGAAGAACGAGGCCAGCCUUCCAAGUGGCGCCCUCGGCCCAGGCAGAGCUGGUUUCACUGCAGGGCCCACAGGCCGACCGUGCUGCCCGAGCUCCACAUGUCCUCGGGCCCAGUGGCCCCUCCAGCUGCAGGGAGCACCUCCUGCGAAACCAAGCACAGUGGUGAGCUCGGCAACCGCAGCACAGCGCAGGCCCACACGCGCCCCUGGCCUCCCUUAGUUGAAAACGCUCGUUUUCCCCCUAUUUUAAGCAUAUAUUCCUUGAAGGAAAACAUUUUAGUAUCAACAAAACUAAGCACUAAGCAAAGGUGAACUCAGUCCUCUGCUCUGCGUUUCCUCAGAGAUGAGACUGUCCUUCCUGACCUUUGACCGUCCCCACUCGCUCUGGGAGCGCCCCCCACUCCCAGUCACGGUCACAAGCUGCCGUCCACGGCAUCAGUGCAGACGGGCUCCAGCCACGUGGCCGCACCACCACCACCCAGCCUGCCACCAGGG